AUGUCAUCCCAGGAUAUAAAGGCAAAGAUCGAGCAGGAAUUGAUAGCCUCGGGGAAAUACCAAGACAUAUACAAUUACCUCAAAAUCCAACUCGCAAAUUCUGGCUGGUCCGAACAAUUUUCCCAACUUGCUGCUGAAACCAUAUCCAACACUCCAGAAACCAAGGACCUACGAUAUGUCGAGCUUGUGGACAAACUACAGCCACAGGCGCUUCAGAUGGUCUCUGACAACGUUAAGACACAAACUUUAAUCAAAAUUAGAGAGUUUUUGGACUCGGUCAUAGAAUGA